GCCUUGGCAUUGAUCAGAUCAAUCACCUCCAGAACUUCGAGGACUUCACGGAAGCCUUGAUGAAGGAGUGUGGUCUCACCGAAGACGAAGCUGCUCUGGAGUGGAACCGACGGAAGAACAAGCCGACGGAGUUCGACCACGAGCAGGACCCAGAGGGGCGGCUCAUGAUCGAACUCGACAUCAAGCUCUUCAAGGCGCAUUUGGCUGAGACGAAGAAGAAGGAGCAGGAGCAAGCCAAGAGGCUCCAAGCUGCCAGGGAUGAGAUCCAGAAUGCGUCAUGCUCCGGACACAUCGACAAGCUCGAGAAGGCGAUUCAGGUAGCAGAGGUCGACACCAGCAUGACAGAUGAGGAGCUGAACGAGUUCCGCCAGCUUCUUCAGGCCUGGCGCGAUGCCGAUGCGGCGCUGUCCGAAGCUCUGCAGUCGCGACGAAAGCCGAUGGUUCGUGCAGCUUUAGAUUUGGCGGAGAAGGUCAAGCUGAACAACGACAAGUGCUCAAAGGGCCGCAGCCUCUGGCAAGACCUUGUCGUCGAGGACGCACAGCUCGAGCUCAGCACGGCUGUGGGCGUUGGAGAGAUUGAGAACCUUCGCGCGAGCAUCGACAAAGCUAGGACUGACAUGGCCGGCAUCUCCGAGAAGGGCCUGAAGGAGGCGCAGCAGCAGUUGGAAAGCUGGCAGACGGCUGAGGAAGUACUGAAGAAG